GCGAGAUAUGCCAGUCUGAAACGGUUCCUUUAAGAAGACAAAAAACUGAGACGUUUGGAACAACUUGGAUUCAUGCUCACUGUAACAGCAUCAUGUCUCAACCGCCAGCCUCAUCUGUUCUCGCCCUGCAUUCAAAAACACACAAGGACACAAUCCUGCAUGAAUUCGACAAGCUCAGAAGAAGGGAACUGCUCUGUGACAUAACCCUCAUCGUAGAAGACGUGCACUUCAAGGCACACAAGGCUCUUUUGGCAGCGAGCAGUGAGUAUUUCUCAUUAAUGUUCACCGCUGAAGAUCAGGUAAGCCAGUCGGUGUACAAGCUGGAUGGCAUGGCUGCGAAAACCUUCUCGGCCGUGCUCGAGUUUAUCUACAGCGCAAAUGUGUCUGUGGACGAGAGCAGCUCUGAGCAGCUGCUUGACAUGGCACGGUUUCUGGACAUCCGAGAUUUGCUCAAAGCCCACGAGGACCUUCAAAAGGACAGUUCAAUGGCUGAAAAUGUGAUGUCUGCCAAGGGAGACAGUGUUGAUGAAUGCAUACAGACAAAGCGUAAAAGAGGGCGACCGAAAAAGAGCCUUCACACUCAGGAUUCAAGCCAAAAAGAGGAUCCAGACACUGGUUUACCAGCACAAAGUACCUCUGAGUCCACAGAACCCCUCUUAGAUCCCACUUCCCCACCGAGAGACUUCAGCGACAGCGACUAUAACCCCAGAGAGGACCGACCCCGUCACAGCAAGCGCAAAAUAAAGCGGCCUGUCAAGCUGAAGGGAUACAGGUUAGGAGACGAGCUCUCGGAGUGCAAGGAGCCGGGGAAGAGAGGACGCAAGAGGAAGUACCCAGACACAGAGGCCAGGUGUGACCCGUGUGGGAAGGUUUUUAAAAGCCAUCUCUUUCUGAAGAUACAUCAACGCACUCACACAGGUGAAAAACCAUUCAGAUGCAGUGUUUGUGGGAAGGGUUUCACCCAGAAACACACUCUUUUGGUUCAUCAGCGCAUGCACACGGGAGAAAAGCCCUUCAUCUGCACCAUAUGUUCCAAAGCGCUGUCCACGAAACACUCGCUACUGGAGCACAUGAACCUACACGCAGAGAAUAAAUCUUUCAGUUGUGACAAGUGUGGGAAAAGCUUCAGUCAGAAGCGGCAGCUGAAAAGUCAUUACCGUGUUCACACAGGAAAAGCGUUACCUGAGUGUGCACAAUGCCAUCAUAAAUUUAUGGAUGCAGCUCAACUGAAGAAGCACCUGAGAACUCAUACUGGUGAGAAGCCGUUCACAUGUGAGAUCUGUGGGAAGUGUUUCACAGCCAAGAGCACACUACAGACACACAUCAUGAUACACAGAGGAGAGAAGCCAUACGUCUGCAACAUCUGCGAUAAGACCUUCUCUGACCCCAGUGCCAGGAGGCGUCAUGUGGCGUCUCACACGGGUAAAAAACCGUUCACGUGUUCCAUCUGCAACCUGUCGUUUGCCCGAAUGGACAACCUUAAAGCUCACACCAAGACUCACAACAAGGAGCGUCAACAAGGAGAAGCUGAGACCACGGGGCCUGCGCCGGUGGAGGCCACGUCAAGAGCUGAAGAAAUGCACAACAUCCUCCAACUCCAGCCCUACCAACUUCCCAUCCACCCCGAGCAGGAGAUCCAGCUGGUGGUGAACAACAUCAACCUGUGCCAGGAUCAAAGUAUCAGCAUCAUCACUGCAGAAGAUACUUCUGUGGAACAGGGUCUCACGCUUCUCACCCAACCUUCUGGUCACGUUCCAAACCUGGCGCUGGUCACGCCAGAUGGAUUAGAUGCCAGUACUCAAAUCCAAACCAUUAGUGUUUUAGGAAGUCGGGUGAGUGGCGGACAGCCAGAGCAAAUGCAUGUCAUCACGCUGACCAAAGAAGCCAUGGAGCAACUGCAGGUUCAUCACGGAGGUCCACAACAGCUGCAGGUGAUCCACCAACUGUCUGAGAGCUCUGCUGAAAAUCCCAGCCGGACGAGUCCAGCGGGAGGCAUUCACAUCAGCAGCCAGAGCGGGCAGCCCAUCUCCAUCAGCCAGACAAGUGAGCAGAUCCCCAGCGAUCAGAUUCAGGGCCAAACCUUCCAGAUCCAGGCUGGAACCGUCUCGUACCUCUACACCACCAGCAUGACCCCGCAAAACUGAACUGACACAGUUUGAAUCCGUCAGGACUCGUUCAUAAUGCUGAUGCUUAUUCUCUUUUGUUGUAAAUGGUUAUAUUUUAAGAGAGUAAAGCUGAUUUUAUUGAGAGCAAGCAGAAACAUCUU